AUGGUUUGUUCGUGCGUCUGCCCGUCGUUGCGAGUUCAGGAGAACAACGUCAUUUCAGACACUUACACUGGUGUAUACUAUCUCGACAGCCACAUCCACAUCAGGAACGCCGCCACUCUCGAGAUCGACGGCACGGGAGCCCUCGCGUGCGAGACUCUUCUUAUGGCGGGCAACGACGAUAUUACGGGCACGGACAGCCUGAAUAUUCGCGCCCAUGGAGGGAACCUGGUUGUCCGUGACACGAAGAUCUUCUCGUGGGACAUAACCACGGGUACUUACGACACGGACACGGGCAACGGCCGGCCGUAA